UUAAAGUGAAGGAGCUGCAGAAUGCCUACCACAAAGCCCGCAAGGCAAACCACUCCUCCGGUGCUGCCCCUGUGACCUGCCGUUUCUACAAAGAGCUGGACACAAUACUUGGGGGCGACUCCACAUCCACUCCGAGGACCACCAUGGCACUUAAGGCCUGGUCUACGCUACGACUUUAAUUCGGAUUUAUCAGCUUUAAUUCGAAUUUACCCUGCAACCGUCCACACAACGACGCUAUUUAUUUCGAUAUAAAGGGCCCUUUAAAUCGAUUUCUGUACUCCACCCCGAUGAGCGGAAUAGCGCCAAAAUCGAUUUUAAGAUUUCGAAUUAGGGAUAGUGUGGCUGCAAUUCGAUGGUAUUGGCCUCCAGGAGCUAUCCCACAGUGCAUCAUUGUGACCGCUCUGGACAGCAAUCUAAACUCGGAUGCACUGGCCAGGUAGACAGGAAAAGCCCCGCGAACAUUUGAAUUUCAUUUCCUGUUUGCCCAGCGUGGAGAGCACAGGUGACCACAGAUAGCUCAUCAGCACAGGUAACCAUGCAGGCCGAUAAUCGAAAAAGAGCACCAGCAUGGACCGUAUGGGAGGUACUGGAUCUGAUCGCUAUAUGGGGAGAGGAUUCAGUGCUUGCAGAACUUCGUUCUAAAAGACGAAAUGCCAAAACUUUUGAAAAAAUCUCCAAGGGCAUGAUGGAGAGAGGCCACAAUAGGGACUCAGAUCAGUGCCGCGUGAAAGUCAAGGAGCUCAGACAAGCCUAUCAAAAAACAAAGGAGGCAAACGGUCGCUCUGGGUCAGAGCCGCGGACAUGCUGCUUCUAUGCCGAGCUGCAUGCAAUUCUAGGGGGGGCCGCCACCACUACCCCAUCUGUGAUCGUGGAUUCCGGGUCGGGGAUAGUCUCAUCAGCUACACCUGAGGAUUCUGCCGAUGGGGGAAAGGAGGAGGAGGAGGAGGAGGAGCUUGCAGAGAGCACACAGCACUCCGUUCUCCCCAACAGCCAGGAUCUUUUUCUCACCCUGACUGAAGUACCCUCCCAACCCUCCCAAGCCAGUAUCCAAGACCGUGACCCCAUGGAAGGGACCUCAGCAGCUGCAAAUUCCUCAAGCCUCCCUCCUCCAUCCCGAAGGCUAUCACAGAUAAGGCGUCGUAAAAAGAAGACGCGAGACGAGAUGUUUUCAGAAAUUAUGGAAUCCAGCCGCAGUGACAGAGCUCAUCUGAAUGAGUGGAAGGAAACGGUUUCAAAGUAUAGGAAAGAAGCCAGUGAACGUGAGGAGAGGAGGGACCAACGUGAGGAGAGGAGAGACGCUCGAGAUGAGAGGUGGCGGCAGGAAGAUCAGAGGAGGCAGGAUGCAACGCUGGGGCUGCUGCGUGAGCAAACAGACAUGCUUCGGCGUCUGGUGGAGCUUCAGGAACGGCUGCAGGAAAACAGACUGCCGCUACAGCCCCUGUACUCCCCUCCCUCCUCCCCGUGUUCCGUAUCCUCCUCACCCAGACGUGUAAGAACGCGGGGGGGAGGCUCCAUACACCUUCCCAUUCCACCCCAGUAGACAGCCCAAGCAAAAGGCUGUCAUUUUUUUAACCUUUUUUUAGUGGCCUUUUCCUUCCCACCGAUCCUCCUCCCAAAUCCCACCCGGGUUCCCUCCCUCUUUUUCUAAUCUAUUAAUAAAGAAUAAAUGAUUUUUAAAUGA